GCCACUGGCGCGAGUACCGCCAUUGUUCGAGUACUCCGGUAAGCGAGAGAGUUGUUUACGAGGCCGGUCGAUCCUCUGCACCGCGUCCCCUGGAGGCAAAAUACCCUAGCGGAUUCGGGACGAUAAUGAGCUAUUAAUAGAUUGAUAGUGCACGUCCGGAUCGCCAAGACAUGGGCGAUUUUCAUUCGCCGAUGCGCUGCAUCUCACCGAGUGCACGGGUUCUGACGCCGAAGCCACAAGUUGAGCAAACACUGGAUGUCCGGCAGAUGCAGAAAAAAGCGAAAAAUGCAAUAACCUUAUUUUUCAUCAACAGUGUCCUGUUUGGCGUUGUCAUUUUUGAUAUAUUUUACGGCGGAAUUGCGUAUAAGCCAUUUUCAUGGAUCGAGUGGUGCUUAGCGUCGAUAUUUGGUCUCAAUUCCAUAUAUCAUUUGAUAAAGUACACGAUGGCGAUGUAUGGCUUAAAACCAGUUACAUUGACGGUUAAACAAAGAAAGCUUUUAGGAAUAUCCGACGACGAUCCAUUGUUUAGAAAUGAAGUUCCCGUACAGCAAAAGCCAUCAGAGCCCAGCACGCCGCUCAAUUUUUCUUGUAUGAAUCUCAGCAGGCAUUCGAGCACCCUCGGCACUUCUGGUUUAAACGAAUCGAAGGAUUAUUCAACUUCUAGUCCAUUUUCUAAAUACAAUACUCCGCUAUCUCGUAAGUCAACGUUAAGUCCAAAUGCCACUAUUAACAAAUUACUUAACAGUUCGAUGAAUACCAGUUUUACUGGAGACGAACUUAUACAAGACGAGGCUGAGCUGCAAAAUUAUUUAAAAGAAGUUACGAAGAAAGAGCGCAAAUCAUUAUCGCAUUCUACUAAUGUUGAUCAGCCAUCAAAUUUGUUGAGUUCUUUUUGGUCUCAUCCGGCGACUCGAAGUCCAGGGGAAGUGUCACCUCUAUUAAGACGUUGUGCCUAUCAACUGGCACCGACAGUAGACAAGUCCAAAUCUUCUAGUCCUGGCGUCGAAGAAGGAAACUCUCCGAGAGCAUUUGGAGCUCCCGACGUUUGGAGAAAAUACCGUAUCGAUCCUGUCAAAGUCAAUCAAUGGAUAGCUAACUUGCGCAUGUGGAUUAGCAAAACAGUGGUGGAACGAGUCGCGUUAGAAAUCGAUAAUGUCUGCACAAGUUUGAUACGACAUGGUCUAAGCGACUCUCAGCCAGGAAACGUCGGUCUGGAUAAGCUUAGAAAGCUCGCACAAUCAUUUUCCGUAAGCGUGAUACCCACUCUCCCCACUCUGGUCCCUUUCCUCGAGCUGUCCAACAACCAAGACUAUUUGGUCAAGAGAAUAAAGGCCCUCGCGAAAGGUGGAUCUAUGAGUGAAUUUAAAUGGAAUAGCGGUGGUUCGCACAAUGGAAAAGAAUGGGACUCGAAUUUACCUACUGACACAGCGAUUAUCAUGCAUUUAGUUUCGACGUACAUGGACACUCAGCUUGAAACUCCCUUAAAUCAGCCCGACGCUCGGCCUUUUACGUCAAGGUACCUAGCAAAAUCAGGAUUCGAAUUGCCUCGCAAUAAAGGUCCGAUAAUAGUGAAUCAAUCAUUAAAUCCACCGCACUAUUGUCUCGCUCUAUCUGGAGAUUCGAUGAGUAACGACUAUGAAGACAUUCCAAGGGGGAGAAAUAACCUGUUUCAUACGCUACUGCUUUUCCUUUACAUCGCAAAAACUCGAGAUCACGGAAUGCUUGGUCGCGUUAAUCUUGGUAUGUCUGGUGUGAAUGUUCUUUGGGUGAUCGAUUGAUUAAAUUGUACGAUUAAAAUUUUCAUAUAUCAACUAAUUUUCACUAAUGGAUAAAGACUUUUCGUU